AUGCCUUCAGUUCUCUUUGUACUUACUUCAGCCGACAAGAACCUCGUUGGCGGACAAACUGGUUAUUAUUUGCCAGAAGCCGCGCAUCCAUACUAUACGCUCGCACCGCAUGUCAGCAUUGACUUUGCCUCUCCCAAAGGUCCAAACCCUCCAGUCGAUAAAGGCAGUGUCGAGGCGUUCGCAAAAGAUGACGAGAGCGUCAAAUUUCUCAACGAUGAGGCUGUAAAGUCCAAGCUAGCCAAUGCGAAACAACUGUCCACUGUGAACGCAAAAGAUUAUGAUGCCAUCUUCUAUGUUGGUGGCCAUGGACCAGUCAUUGAUCUGCCAGAUGACUCCGUGAACAUCAAGCUCGCCACUGAGUUCUACCAGUCAGGAAAGAUUGUCAGCGCAGUGUGUCACGGACCUGCUGCUCUCCUUAACGUCGUAGAUGCAGAGGGGAAGUCUAUUUUCUCCGGAAAGGAGUUUACUGGUUUCUCCAACACAGAAGAGGAGGCCGUGCAGCACGUUAAAGCGGUUCCAUUCCUGCUUGAAACUGAGCUCAGUAAGCGCGGAGGAAAAUAUGUAAAGGCAGAGCAGCCUUGGGGGGCGAAGGUGGUGGUCGAUGGUAAUCUGUACACGGGACAGAAUCCAGCUUCCGCAAGACCGUUGGCAGAGGAGAUUCUCAAAGGUUUGCAAAAAUGA